AUGCCUUUUUUUCAGCGAUCAACUUUAGCACCGUUACCACCAUCUGUUUCCAAAGGAUUACAUCAACCUUCACCAUAUGUGACAACGACUGGUUCAACGCAUGAUCACAAGUUUCAUGAGUCACCAUUGCUGCAACCAGGGUAUAAGAAAGCUCCAAGUUCAUGGAAAGUGCAAUAUGUUGAAGAUUCUAUUUCAACGGUUGGUUUUAGUCUCAUAAGGAGUUUUUCUCACAUCUGGUGGGUACGUGGGUGGCUUAAGUGGGGCUAUGCCCCAGGAAAUUGUUCCCCAAUAUAUAGGAAAUAGCAUUUCAGAACUAUAUAGUUGCUUUCAAAAUUUUUAACUAAUCAAGAUUCCACCACAAGAUAACAACAAGUUGUACAAAAAAAUCUGACGUACAGUAUAUAUCUGGGGGAUUGAGGUUAUUCAAAAAACGAUUGGCUUAACCAUAGGUUAAUUAAUUCAAAGUAAAUUUCCUCACAGCUUGUUUAUAAAUUUGGAAAUGUUUCUUCAGAAAUCUUGUCUAGAUUGAUCGCGAAGUUUACUUCUUAAAUCUCUGAAGUCUUGAGAUAAUCAGAUGUGCAGAAAUACAUGCACAAACCAAAACAGCAAGUUAAAUUUUAACAAAGGGUUUGCGCUUAGUACCCACCUUUGAAAAACCGACCCCUGAAGUAUACUGUACAUACACUCAGAUACUAGCACAAAAAUACAUUAUUAAGAAUGCAAUUUCCCACGGUGUUCCAGGUUAGAUCUGAAAUAUAAUUUACUGUAUUCAAGUUCAAAGAUUAUUGAAUAAAAUUUAGCUGUCCGUGUAAUAAAGCUUUUAUUUCUUCUGCCUACUACAUGCAGCUAAAGGUGAAACCUUGGCGAAGACCACUCACCAUGGGGAAUCAAAGCAGUGAAAUGAAAGACAAAUAUAAAGGAGAGCCGGAAGUCACGUUGGAAACACGUUUUAAUGAAAGAUUUCAACCUCCAAAAUUACAUGAUCACCAUGUUAAUGGUCCAAGCAAGGUACCGUAUAUAAUUCAAUUUCUUUUGGUUAUUUGGAUAUAUAAAAAUAUAGCAGAGCUUAUUAAAUUGUCUUAUUAAAUAUAGCAGAGCUUAUUAAAUUGUAUAUAUAUAUAUAUAUAUAUAUAUAUAUAUAUAUAUAUAUAUAUAUAUAUAUAUAUAUAUAUAUAUAUAUAUAUAUAUAUAUAUAUAAUUUUUAAUUUAUUAUUUUAUAUAUAAUAAUUUAAUAAAGCCCCUGAAAUUGUGAAAAAGAAAUGAAACAAUUAACAGUUCUGUUCCAUUUUGGAUAUUUUUGUUCGAAAAUGUUGUUCAAGUCCCAUUCCUAAUUUAUUAAUUUAUUAAUUUAUAAUAUUAUGCAGCUAGCUAGUAACUGGACUAAUAAAAUAAUUGUACUCCUCUCAACCAAUUAAAAUUAAUCAAGACUGUAAGAAUGUUCAAGUUAGAAUAUUUUUGCAAAGUCAAUGGAAUGUCACUGAAAGGAAAACCAAAGGAAGACAUAUGUAGGCGCAAACUACCUUGCUAUAGUAACUUACAGAAUACUGAAAUUAAUAUAUAAGUAAUAAUAUAUAUUGCAGUAUGUAGUUUUUCUGAAAUAAUACAUUUCAUUUCGUGUAGGAUCUUGUGAGAUCAACUCAAAAUGUGGAAGCUUCAGGUCGUGUGUAUUAUCCAAAAGACCGCGGCGUCUUGUCAUAUCAUGGGGACAUGUAUUUGACAACCACACAACGUGAUCAUAGACGGUUUAAUAAGUAAGUCCAAACUGUUCUUUGAUUAAUCAUGGUUCUUAUUUGUAUAUUGUAAUAAGUUUCACAGUUUCAUGAUACAGUGCUACUAAAAUUCCCCAGACGUUCAGGCUGCGAGGAACUGUACAUGUAUAACACUGUCAAGAUUAAGACAGUUCAUUGUUCUGCAAUAUAAGCUAUUAUAUCACUCUUAUACUUAAAUUCUUAUUAUGUAAUCAUAAUUAGUGCAGCUGUAGUUAUAUGAAGGCAAUAUAUUCCAAGAUGACGAAUGAUGUAAAUAUCAUUUUCUUUUCGACUGUUUCCGCGCUAAUACAUUUAAACACGUGCAUGAAGCUACUGAUUUUUAAAAAGUCAUUUUAAGAAAGAGAAAAGUAGCCAUGAUGUUAUCUUAUCCGGUCGCUUUCUCAUUCCGGAAUGAGUUUCGAUUCGUGUUUACAUGGAAUCGAAGCCAAAUUUCGAUCUGGAUUGAAAUCUCGAUUCGAUCGAACUCAAUCCGGAUCGAGUUGUAACUCAUUCCGGACUCAUGUAAACAUUUAAUAGGGUUUGUAUUAAAAUGGAAUGAGUUCAUUUCGGAUUGAAAGUCAAUCCGGAUUCAUGCAAACAGCACCUAAGAAUCUUCGCGAGAAACAUUUGCCCACUAAAUCAAGCAUAUAUACGUGCGCUAUCCUCAUACUAUUUCCAAUACAGGCUUCCGGAAACUACUUCGCAUUGGCUAUAGAGCCUCGUUUUCAUGAUUGAGACAAUGGGCUUUGACUAAUGUCACUUAGUAUAAACCUACUAGUAGGCUAUCACAUAUCGUGGCUUCUGAUUGGCUACGCUACUAGUAGGCUAUUAGUGAUAGCCUACUAAGGCCAAAAAAAAAAAAUAUGUGGGUUUCCGGUUUCUUCUUGUAAAAACUUAGGUAGGGUAGGUCGGUUUUAACUUUCUUUUUUUAACUUUUUUUUUAAUUUUCCGAACAAGCGGACGCCAUUUUGUUUAGUCAGUGCUUCCACAUCCAAAGAUAAAUUUCCCUAAUAUUGCCUCAAAUUUCAAUUUUCUGCAAACUUUUUCCUCUAAGUGGAAACACUUACAAGCAUGAUCCAAUAAAAAAGUUUAAGGUCGGGAUUUCGACGUCCAAAAGCUAGGUAGGGUCGGGAAACCGGAAACCCACAUAUUUUUUUUUUUGGCCUAAUAGAAAAUUCAAAAUGGCAGAAAAUUCGCGUUUUGCACUUUUGCCGAAGUGUCUGAUGAUUUUUCGGACGACUUGUUGAACAAUUCUGUACUAAAAAACCCCGAAAAAGCAACAAAAAUAUGGAAUGGCAAUUUUUAAGGGUAAGAAAAUAGACAAGAUAACAUACACUCAAUGAAAUUUUAAAAUUAAAACUGAAUUUUGUAAAACAUUUUACGCGAACAAAAACUAAAAUAUUUGUUUACAUUUAAUGGUUUUAUAAUGUUUUUUUGUGUAUUUUUGUAUUGUGUUUGCAGCCUAGUUGUAAAUUAAUGUUAAAAUUUAUACUAAAACAAGUAGACAACUCGGCCUCGUUGUCUAUGAGCAAAUAGUCAACUCGGCUUCGCCUCGUUGACUAUUCGCUCAUAGACAGCUCGGCCUCGUUGUCUAAUUGUUAAAUAUACGAAAACGAGGCUCAAAAGCCAAAGUGACGUACUUUCCGGAAGGAUGUUAAAGGAUACCUACUGAAAAAAUACCAGUGAUAAAUUAUUGUUUGGUAUACAUGUACUAUAGUCUUUUUUUACUUACCUAAAUGAGCUAAUAGUAUGUAUUUUGUUGAUCGUUGUGUCUAAGAUAUUCUUCUCUAUCCUACCCAGGCAAGAGCUGGGAGAAUACGCAAAAAAAGACUACGCGACGUUCUGGGAAUGUGAGGAAUAUCCAAAGGCCUGGGGUCAUGGUUCCAAGGAAAAUCCACUUCCUCCACAUUCUGUUCCAAGAUCAGAUCGACCAAUGAGAGACGAGACUGUGUUCCCUACAGCAACAACUAUACCUCGUUUACCUAAAUCAUUGAAACCUGUUCCUCACAG